AAACGUGGCGUGUAUUGAAUUUCUCUUGUUGGGAAUUAGGGUUCUUGCGCGACUAUAGAGUAGAGAUAGGGUUUGGGAGGAUUCCUCGCCACUGGCCAGCAGCAGCUGUCUCGAUUCGAGCGCAUUCUAGAUUAAAGCUCGGGAUUUCUCAAUGCCUGCUGCUUUCUGCGACAAAUUCUUUGUAUAGGUGGUGGAUGUGGACAGGAUUGGGCGUUCACUGUUGACUUCGCGACGAGUGUUGCGCCGAUCUGAUGCGUGGCCGAAGAUUAUCGAAGCGGCAGCAGCAGCGAUUCCACUCCAGCCGCCGGGAGGAGCGAUUCAUCCUUCUCAUUCUCCGCGCUAGAAAGGAGGGAGGUUAGUUCUUUGUUCUAUGUCUCGGCAUUUAUUAUCGCCGUCGCCACUUCCAAGCCCGACCGAUGAUCCAGCGACAGCGUCGGCAGCGGCAGAUUCGUCGCAAGGAGUGGAAUCGUCUCGAAAUUCCAGCGAGAGAUGGCCGCCGCCGCCGCCGCCGCCGCCGCCGCGGCUGCCUCAUUCGAAAUCCCAGCACACCCACGUCUCAAGCACGACCGAUCAUCGAGCGCCUCUUCCUCCCAAUCCACAGCCGGAAAUGCUGCGCUCCAGGUCGCUCCAGCACCACUCCUCCGCACGGCCGUCUUCGAUCGAGUCCACCUCUUCAGGGAUCAUCGCUCACUCCCGCUCUGCCAGCUCCCAGGAGAUUUCCUCGACGAGCAAUCGCCUCUCUCAGGCUAGCAGCAACGCUAACACCCGGCUGAGGAAGGACCCCAGCUUCCGAUCGACGCGAGCGCCUUCGCACCGCGCGGGGAUCUCGAGGAAUCCAUCAGCGAGUUUGCCGAUUCUUCCAGUCAGCGGGAAGAUCGAGGAGGCGGCCCAGCGAGUGAUUUACGUCAACGAUCCCGGCCGGACCAACGAGAAUUAUGAGAUGGCAGGCAACAGGGUGCGGACGAGCAAAUACACCUGGUACUCUUUUCUCCCGCGGAACCUCUUCGAGCAGUUUCGUCGCCUGGCCUACGUCUACUUUCUCGUCAUCGCGGUGCUCAACCAGAUCCCGCAGCUCGCCGUUUUCGGUCGGACAGCGUCGAUCAUCCCACUGGCUUUCGUGCUCUUCGUCACGGCCGUGAAAGAUGGCUACGAGGAUUGGGCUCGUCACAAGUCGGACCUCGUCGAGAACAACCGCCUGGCUCACGUCUUCCAGGAGUCGGAGUUUCGGGCCAAGAAGUGGAAGAAGAUCCAAGUUGGCGAGCUGCUCAAGGUGUUUGCCAAUGAGACGAUGCCGUGCGACUUGGUUUUGCUGGGGACGAGCGAUCCCAGCGGGGUGGCGUACGUCCAGACGACCAACCUGGAUGGAGAGUCGAAUCUCAAGACGAGGUAUGCUCACCAGGAGACGCUCUUGAGGCAUCCCGAGGACCAACCGAUUAACGGGGUGGUGCACUGCGAGCAUCCCAACCGGAAUAUUUACGAGUUUAAGGCGUACUUAGAUCUGGACACGGAUAAUCCGACAGGGACUCGUCUUCCGCUGGGACCAAACAACAUAGUUCUCAGGGGUUGCGAGAUCAAGAACACGCAGUGGAUCGUGGGAGUUGCUGUCUAUACAGGGAAGGAGACCAAGGCAAUGCUUAACAGCUCGGGUGCUCAGUCCAAGAGAAGCAAGCUCGAGCAGCAGAUGAACAGGGAGACGCUGUGGCUAUCGCUGUUUCUCUUCAUCUUGUGCCUGAUCGGCGGUGUUGGCACCGGCGUGUGGGUGGCGAGACGCGACGACGAGCUCGAUAUGCUGCCGUACUACAAGAGAACUGAGUUUCCGCGAUCUGGUGCGGAUGAUGGUGACAAGUAUAUGUACUACGGUGUUGCCGGUGAAGCUGUGAUCGCCUUUCUGAGCUGCUUGAUCAGCUUCCAGAUUAUGAUCCCCCUCUCGCUCUACAUUUCCAUGGAGCUAGUUCGUCUGGCGCAGACGUUUUUCAUGGUCAGGGAUACGGAGAUGUUGCAUGUCGAGACGGACUCGAGGCUUCAAUGCCGUGCCUUGAAUAUCAACGAGGACCUCGGGCAGGUCAAGUACGUGUUUUCCGAUAAAACUGGGACUUUGACAGAGAACAUGAUGGAGUUUCACUCUGCGAGUAUUUGCGGGGUCAAGUACGCGAAAGCUGGCUCCAAAGCUUCUGGCGACGUCGAGAUCUCAGAAAAAGAAGCAAAACCAAGAGUAAAUGCAGAUCUGAAGAGUAUUUUGACUGCUGGAACUGCGGAGGCAGAGGCUGUGAAAGAAUUCUUUCUGGUAUUGGCGGCAUGCAACACCGUCGUCCCUACGUGGGUCACUCAAUCGUCUUCUGGUCAGCUAGAAAUGGAAGUUGCAUCGGCGGAGAUAGAACCUUCUGGCUUCGUAGAGUAUCAAGGGGAGUCUCCGGAUGAACAGGCUUUGGUGGCAGCGGCCAGUUCUUAUGGCUUUACGCUCAUGGAACGGACGGCAUCAUCCAUUGUUAUCGGCAAUUCAGGAACUACUGAAAGAUAUGAGAUCCUGGGAAUUCACGAGUUCGACAGCGUUCGCAAGCGAAUGUCAGUUGUUGUCGAGUGCCCGGAUAAAACGAUCAAGGUGCUGGUUAAAGGUGCGGACACAAAUAUGCUGAACAUUGUCAACAUUUCGAGUGAGUCGCAAGACGUUCGGGAGGCUACACUCAGGCAUUUGAAGGACUUUGCACAGGAUGGCUUGCGAACCUUGGUGGUUGCUUCUAAAGUUCUUGGACGUUCAGAGUUUGAAAAAUGGUUGGGCCGGUAUUCGGAGGCCAGUACAGCCUUGCACGACCGUGCGGAGAUGCUUCAAGCUGCUGCGGCCUUUGUAGAGAACAGAUUGACUCUCCUAGGCGCUACAGGUAUUGAGGAUAAGCUGCAGGACGGAGUUCCUGAAGCCAUAUCCUCGCUAAGGGAAGCUGGCAUUCGGGUAUGGGUGCUGACAGGUGAUAAACAGGAAACAGCUAUCUCAAUAGGCUACUCCUCCGCGUUGUUAACGCAUGACAUGGAUCAAAUUAUCAUCAACGAGAGCUCCAAGGAAGGUUGCCGCAGUGCCUUGAAAGCAGCGAAGUUAAAAACUGGAGGUUUGGACAAGAAGAAGAGCUCUAGCUCUUUAAACAUUCAAGUAACUCCACAGGCUGUCAAAAAGAAUGCGCGAGACAGUACUUUGGCGCUUAUAAUCGAUGGGACCAGUCUCGUACAUGCUCUUUCGGACGAUCUCAAUCAAGAGCUAUUCGAGGUCGCUGUCGCAUGCCACGCGGUUCUGUGCUGCCGUGUCGCUCCUUAUCAGAAGGCAGCCAUUGUGUCGCUGAUCAAGAGAAAAGACAAAGCCAUGACCUUGUCGAUUGGAGAUGGUGCGAAUGACGUAGCCAUGAUUCAGAUGGCGGACGUAGGCGUUGGUAUAAGCGGACAAGAAGGCCGGCAAGCAGUGAUGGCAUCGGAUUUUGCAAUGCCAAGAUUCAGAUUUCUUAACAAACUCCUCCUCGUACACGGCCACUGGAACUAUCAAAGACUGGCAUACAUGGUUCUAUACAACUUCUACCGCAACGCAGUGUUCGUUAUGAUGCUCUUUUGGUAUAUUUUGUAUACAGCAUUCUCCUCACAGUCCGCUCUUGUCGAUCUAAAUCUCAUCUUCUACUCGCUCCUGUUCACGUCGGUUCCAACCAUAGUGGUGGCAAUUUUUGACAAGGACUUGAGCCACAAAACUCUCCUCCGCUUGCCAACACUCUACGGUUCCGGGCUCCGCCACGAGACUUACAACCAAAACCUCUUCUGGCUGACAAUGCUCGACACUCUGUGGCAAAGUUUGGUCCUCUUCUACGUUCCCUGGUUCACAUACAAAGAGAGUACUAUAGACAUUUGGAGCCUGGGAACACUAUGGACGGCCGCGGUUGUCAUUUUGGUGAAUUUACAUCUGGCUCUCGACGUCCAGGUGUGGAACUGGAUCAUGCAUCUGGCAAUAUGGGGAUCGAUCGCUAUCACCUACAUCAUUCUCUUCAUUAUGGACUCGCUGACAGAUGCCACUUCGAUUUACCACUACUGGGUCAUUCAUCACGCCGUCGGAACAGCAACCUACUGGUUUGAUCUGUUGCUCAUUAUGUGCUUGGCUUUGCUGCCUCGAUUCAUGGUGAAAGUCGUCAAGCAGCGGUGGUGGGCUUCGGACAUAGACAUUGCUCGCGAGGCAGAGAUUAUUUCCAGGCGAAAGUCUUCACCUUUGCCACGAGAAAUCGAGCUACAGCAGCAAACAUCGAGCUAAGUUUCGAUUUCAACACAAAAAAACAAAAAAAAAAAA